CACAGCUCCAGCCUAACUUUGCCAUUCUCCAUAGCCCGGAGUUACACGCGAACACGAAAAACUGCAGCACGACUGUGAGAAGGAAGAGAGAGAAAAGUGACAAAAAGUAACACUAUAAAACAAAAGCGAGCCUUUCACGCAUCGAGAAAGAGAGAGAAACCACAUAAGUUUAGAAAGCGUUUGGUGGCAAACUUUUUGGGCUGUGGCAGAAAGACGUGGACCGCAAAGGAUGCCUGAGCAAAAGUGUUGAAGUUUCCAGCGAAAGAAAUAGGGUAGACGCGGUCCACACCAGGGGACAAGUGAAGAAAAAACAUUUACAGGAUGGAUGACGACCAGGACACAAGGGAAGUUCUUUUCCCACAAUGGAUGGGUCCUGAUAAACAUGGACUCACCAUUGAACAAACCAAUCACGGAGAGAUUUUUGUCACAGAGGUGAAAGAUGAGUCCCCUGCUGCUCAAACUGGGAAAGUACAUGAAGGUGACCAAAUUGUUGGGGCUACAAUUUACUUCGAUAACAUGAGCUCGGAGGAAACAGCUGAUCUACUGAAGACUUUAAAUCGACAUAAGGUUGGCCUCAAAUUGCAAAACAAGUCUGGAGAGAAGUCACCUUGCCGAUCUCCAAUGAGCACAAUGUCACGGGAAGGACGUGCAGCAUUCGGAGGAUCUAGUUCUGACAUUCUCCUGAGUGGGGAUGAUGAAGACUACAGAAGGAUCUACACUAAGAAGAUUAAACCCAGACUGAAGUCAGAGGAUCUUGCUGAGGGUGUUGAUGUGCGCACAGAACGCCAUAGUAGUACAAGCAGUGAUGGUUGCACCAUUACUACAGUUACUCGUCGAAUAACAACCUACACUGUGGACGUGCCUGGGGAGAGUGACCAGCAAAUUGAUUACUCAAGCCCUGAGUUCAAAUAUCAGGUCUCUAAGCAUGAGCAGUUGGUGGGUGAUUCUACCCAAAUCAGAUUACCACAUGGCAGUGCAGAUGGAGGUAUUAAAAUGGGAGACAUAUCUCUUGGAGGACCCAAGGUCACAGGUUCCUAUGUGAAGCACUUUAGCACCGGACCUGUCAAAACAACAAGUGAAUUAGAUAUGAGUGAGAGGGAGAUUAGAAUUAAUGUGUCAGACACUGGACUGUUUGAGGGGAAAGGACAGGGAUAUUCUGAAAAGACGUUAACUGCUGAAGGUAGUGGUGGUCUUUCUGGCAAAGUGACAGGCUUAGAAACUGAAGUGGGACAUGUUUUUGAAUUAAAAGAUUCAAGAAUGAUAGGAGGAAAUGAGUUUGCCACAUCAAAGGGACCUGUUUUUGACACUCAUGUUUCAGGUUUUUCCAUCAGUGCUGGGGACAGAAACACAUCAGUUAUAAGCAGAGAUUCCUCGUCUGUUACACUUAAGGAUGGGUCUGAUGAUAAAACCAAAUUAUCUAAAUUUAGCAUAGAUAUUCAACAGCCCAAAGCAGAUUUUAAACGAUCUGAAGUUGAAGUCAGUCAGGGUUCUGAUAUAACCAUGUCCAAAGUAGAUGGUAAAGUAAAAUUACCAAAACUUGAAACUAGUGAAUCUGUUCUGUCAGGUCCCACAGAUGCAGUUAGUGGAGGAUUCAAAACUACCCAUGUCAAAGUGCAAUCAUUUGGAACUAAAGGAUCUACUGUAGGAGAUUCUAAUGUAGAAGUAAAUUUUAACAAUGAAAAUCCUACAGAUGACGGCCGCAGAGGUUUAAACUUCAAGACAUCAAAAAUUCUCACCACUACAGAUAUUAACAUUAAGGGUCCAGAAGGAAAAAUCAAAGGCUCUGAAUUCAAUGUGUCACAAGUCUCUGGCCCAAAAUGUAUGCCUGAUGUAGAUGCUAAUCUUAAAGGGCCAGUCCUGAAAAGAGACAUUGAUGUGUCUGUUCAAAAUGUUGAAGGGGGCUUUACUGGACCAUCAUUUGGGAUUAACGUUCAAAAGCCUGAUGUAAAAAUUCCCAAGGCUGAAAUGGAGAUUAAUGCACCAGUUGUGGAUAUUAAAGGUCCAGAUGUUGACAUUGAGGGACAUGAGGGAAAAAUCAAGGGCCCGAAAUUUCCAAUGCCAUCGAUUUCUGGAUCAAAGAUUUCUAUGCCAGAUGUGGAUUUCAACCUUAAAGGGCCGAAACUGAAAGGUGAUGUGGAUGUGUCGGUUCCAAAAGUCGAAGGAGAUAUUAAAGCAUCAAAGGUUGAAAUUGAAGGCCCAGACUUUGAAGGUUCUCAGGGUGGAUUCAAGAUGCCAACUAUCAAAAUGCCUUCAUUUGGACAGAGAGGUCCAAAAGGCGAAGGCUCUGAUAUUGAUGUGAAGCUUCCAAAAGCAGAAAUUGAUAUCAAAGCACCAGAUGUGGAUAUUAAAGGUCCAGAGCUUGACAUUGAGGGACCUGAGGGAAAAAUCAAGGGCUCCAAAUUUACAAUGUCAUCGAUUUCCGGACCAAAGAUUUCUAUGCCAGAUGUGGAUUUCAACCUUAAAGGGCCCAAACUGAAAGGUGAUGUGGAUGUGUCGGUUCCAAAAGUCGAAGGAGAUAUUAAAGCAUCAAAGGUUGAAAUUGAAGGCCCAGACUUUGAAGGUUCUCAGGGUGGAUUCAAGAUGCCAACUAUCAAAAUGCCUUCAUUUGGACAGAGAGGUCCAAAAGGCGAAGGCUCUGAUAUUGAUGUGAAGCUUCCAAAAGCAGAAAUUGAUAUCAAAGCACCAGAUGUGGAUAUUAAAGGUCCAGAGCUUGACAUUGAGGGACCUGAGGGAAAAAUCAAGGGCUCCAAAUUUACAAUGUCAUCGAUUUCCGGACCAAAGAUUUCUAUGCCAGAUGUGGAUUUCAACCUUAAAGGGCCCAAACUGAAAGGUGAUGUGGAUGUGUCUGUUCCAAAAGUUGAAGGAGAUAUUAAAGCAUCAAAGGUUGAAAUUGAAGGCCCAGACUUUGAAGGUUCUAAGGGUGGUUUCAAGAUGCCAACUAUCAAAAUGCCUUCAUUUGGACAGAAAGGUCCAAAAGUCGAAGGCUCUGAUGUUGAUGUGAAGCUUCCAAAAGCAGAAAUUGAUAUCAAAGCACCAGAUGUGGAUAUUAAAGGUCCAGAGCUUAACAUUGAGGGACCUGAGGGAAAAAUCAAGGGCUCCAAAUUUACAAUGCCAUCGAUUUCUGGACCAAAGAUUUCUAUGCCAGAUGUGGAUUUCAACCUUAAAGGGCCUAAACUGAAAGGUGACGUGGAUGUGUCUAUUCCAAAAGUCGAAGGAGAUAUUAAAGCACCAAAGGUUGAAAUUGAAGGCCCAGACUUUGAAGGUUCUAAGGGUGGAUUCCAGAUGCCAAAAAUCAAAAUGCCUUCAUUUGGACAGAAAGGUCCAAAAGUCGAAGGAUCUGAUGUUGAUGUGAAGCUUCCAAAAGCAGAAAUUGAUAUUAAAGCACCAGAUGUGGAUAUUAAAGGUCCAGAGCUUAACAUUGAGGGACCUGAGGGAAAAAUCAAGGGCUCCAAAUUUACAAUGCCAUCGAUUUCUGGACCAAAGAUUUCUAUGCCAGAUGUGGAUUUCAACCUUAAAGGGCCCAAACUGAAAGGUGACGUGGAUGUGUCUGUUCCAAAAGUUAAAGGAGAUAUUAAAGCACCAAAGGUUGAAAUUGAAGGCCCAGACUUUGAAGGUUCUGAGGGUGGAUUCCAGAUGCCAAAGAUCAAAAUGCCUUCAUUUGGACAGAAAGGUCCAAAAAUCGAAGGCUCUGAUGUUGAUGUGAAGCUUCCAAAAGCAGAAAUUGAUAUCAAAGCACCAGAUGUGGAUAUUAAAGGUCCAGAGCUUAACAUUGAGGGACCUGAGGGAAAAAUCAAGGGCUCCAAAUUUACAAUGCCAUCGAUUUCUGGACCAAAGAUUUCUAUGCCAGAUGUGGAUUUCAACCUUAAAGGGCCCAAACUGAAAGGUGACAUGGAUGUGUCUAUUCCAAAAGUCGAAGGAGAUAUAAAAGCACCAAAGGUUGAAGUUGAAGGCCCAGACUUUGAAGGUUCUAAGGGUGGAUUCCAGAUGCCAAAGAUCAAAAUGCCUUCAUUUGGACAGAAAGGUCCAAAAGUCGAAGGCUCUGAUGUUGAUGUGAAGCUUCCAAAAGCAGAAAUUGAUAUCAAAGCAACAGAUGUGGAUAUUAAAGGUCCAGAGCUUAACAUUGAGGGACCUGAGGGAAAAAUCAAGGGCUCCAAAUUUACAAUGCCAUCGAUUUCUGGACCAAAGAUUUCUAUGCCAGAUGUGGAUUUCAACCUUAAAGGGCCCAAACUGAAAGGUGACGUGGAUGUGUCUGUUCCAAAAGUUAAAGGAGAUAUUACAGCACCAAAGGUUGAAAUUGAAGGCCCAGACUUUGAAGGUUCUAAGGGUGGAUUCCAGAUGCCAAAGAUAAAAAUGCCUUCAUUUGGACAGAAAGGUCCAAAAGUCGAAGGCUCUGAUGUUGAUGUGAAGCUUCCAAAAGCAGAGAUUGAUAUUAAAGCACCAGAUGUGGAUAUUAAAGGUCCAGAGCUUGACAUAGAGGGACCUGAGGGAAAAAUCAAGGGCCCCAAAUUUACAAUGCCAUCGAUUUCUGGACCAAAGAUUUCUAUGCCGGAUGUGGAUUUCAACCUUAAAGGGCCCAAACUGAAAGGUGACGUGGAUGUGUCUAUUCCAAAAGUCGAAGGAGAUAUUAAAGCACCAGAUCUGGAUAUUAAAGGUCCAGAGCUUGACAUUGAGGGACCUGAGGGAAAAAUCAAGGGCUCCAAAUUUACAAUGCCAUCGAUUUCUGGACCAAAGAUUUCUAUGCCAGAUGUGGAUUUCAACCUUAAAGGGCCCAAACUGAAAGGUGACGUGGAUGUGUCUAUUCCAAAAGUCGAAGGAGAUAUUAAAGCACCAAAGGUUGAAAUUGAAGGCCCAGACUUUGAAGGUUCUAAGGGUGGAUUCCAGAUGCCAAAAAUCAAAAUGCCUUCAUUUGGACAGAAAGGUCCAAAAGUCGAAGGCUCUGAUAUUGAUGUGAAGCUUCCAAAAGCAGAAAUUGAUAUCAAAGCACCAGAUGUGGAUAUUAAAGGUCCAGAGCUUAACAUUGAGGGACCUGAGGGAAAAAUCAAGGGCUCCAAAUUUACAAUGCCAUCGAUUUCUGGACCAAAGAUUUCUAUGCCAGAUGUGGAUUUCAACCUUAAAGGGCCCAAACUGAAAGGUGACGUGGAUGUGUCUAUUCCAAAAGUCGAAGGAGAUAUUAAAGCACCAAAGGUUGAAAUUGAAGGCCCAGACUUUGAAGGUUCUAAGGGUGGAUUCCAGAUGCCAAAGAUCAAAAUGCCUUCAUUUGGACAGAAAGGUCCAAAAGUCGAAGGCUCUGAUGUUGAUGUGAAGCUUCCAAAAUCAGAAAUUGAUAUUAAAGCACCAGAUGUGGAUAUUAAAGGUCCAGUUCUUGACAUAGAGGGACCUGAGGGAAAAAUCAAGGGCCCCAAAUUUACAAUGCCUUCGAUUUCUGGACCAAAGAUUUCUAUGCCGGAUGUGGAUUUCAACCUUAAAGGGCCCAAACUGAAAGGUGACGUGGAUGUGUCUGUUCCAAAAGUCGAAGGAGAUAUUAAAGCACCAAAGGUUGAAAUUGAAGGCCCAGACUUUGAAGGUUCUAAGGGUGGAUUCCAGAUGCCAAAGAUCAAAAUGCCUUCAUUUGGACAGAAAGGUCCAAAAGUCGAAGGCUCUGAUGUUGAUGUGAAGCUUGCAAAAGCAGAAAUUGAUAUUAAAGCACCAGAUGUGGAUAUUAAAGGUCCAGAGCUUGACAUAGAGGGACCUGAGGGAAAAAUCAAGGGCCCCAAAUUUACAAUGCCAUCGAUUUCUGGACCAAAGAUUUCUAUGCCGGAUGUGGAUUUCAACCUUAAAGGGCCCAAACUGAAAGGUGACGUGGAUGUGUCUAUUCCAAAAGUCGAAGGAGAUUUUAAAGCACCAGAUCUGGAUAUUAAAGGUCCAGAGCUUGACAUUGAGGGACCUGAGGGAAAAAUCAAGGGCUCCAAAUUUACAAUGCCAUCGAUUUCUGGACCAAAGAUUUCUAUGCCAGAUGUGGAUUUCAACCUUAAAGGGCCCAAACCGAAAGGUGACGUGGAUGUGUCUAUUCCAAAAGUCGAAGGAGAUAUUAAAGCACCAAAGGUUGAAAUUGAAGGCCCAGACUUUGAAGGUUCUAAGGGUGGGUUCCAGAUGCCAAAAAUCAAAAUGCCUUCAUUUGGACAGAAAGGUCCAAAAGUCGAAGGAUCUGAUGUUGAUGUGAAGCUUCCAAAAGCAAAAAUUGAUAUUAAAGCACCAGAUGUGGAUAUUAAAGGUCCAGAGCUUGACAUUGAGGGACCUGAGGGGAAAAUCAAGGGCUCCAAAUUCAAGAUGCCAUUUUCUAAACCAAAGAUUUCUAUGCCAGAUGUGGAUUUCAACCUAAAAGGGCCUAAACUGAAAGGUGAUGUGGAUGUGUCUGUUCCAAAAGUUAAAGGAGAUAUUAAAGCACCAGAUGUGGAUAUUAAAGGUCCAGAGCUUGACAUUGAGGGACCUGAGGGAAAAAUCAAGGGCUCCAAAUUUACAAUGCCAUCGAUUUCUGGACCAAAGAUUUCUAUGCCAGAUGUGGAUUUCAACCUAAAAGGGCCUAAACUGAAAGGUGAUGUGGAUUUGUCUGUUCCAAAAGUUAAAGGAGAUAUUAAAGCACCAGAUGUGGAUAUUAAAGGUCCAGAGCUUGACAUUGAGGGACCUGAGGGAAACAUCAAGGGCUCCAAAUUUACAAUGCCAUCGAUUUCUGGACCAAAGAUUUCUAUGCCAGAUGUGGAUUUCAACCUUAAAGGGCCCAAACUGAAAGGUGACGUGGAUGUGUCUAUUCCAAAAGUCGAAGGGGAUAUUAAAGCACCAAAGGUUGAAAUUGAAGGCCCAGACUUUGAAGGUUCUAAGGGUGGAUUCCAGAUGCCAAAGAUCAAAAUGCCUUCAUUUGGACAGAAAGGUCCAAAAGUCGAAGGCUCUGAUGUUGAUGUGAAGCUUCCAAAAGCAGAAAUUGAUAUUAAAGCACCACAUGUGGAUAUUAAAGGUCCAGAGCUUGACAUAGAGGGACCUGAGGGAAAAAUCAAGGGCACCAAAUUUUCAAUGCCAUCGAUUUCUGGACCAAAGAUUUCUAUGCCAGAUGUGGAUUUCAACCUUAAAGGGCCAAAACUGAAAGGUGAUGUGGAUGUGUCUGUUCCAAAAGUUAAAGGAGAUAUUAAAGCACCAGAUGUGGAUAUUAAAGGUCCAGAGCUUGACAUUGAGGGACCUGAGGGAAAAAUCAAGGGCUCCAAAUUUACAAUGCCAUCGAUUUCUGGACCAAAGAUUUCUAUGCCGGAUGUGGAUUUCAACCUUAAAGGGCCCAAACUGAAAGGUGAUGUGGAUGUGUCUAUUCCAAAAGUCGAAGGAGAUAUUAAAGCACCAAAGGUUGAAAUUGAAGGCCCAGACUUUGAAGGUCCUCAGGGUGGAUUCCAGAUGCCAAAAAUCAAAAUGCCUUCAUUUGGACAGAAAGGUCCAAAAGUCGAAGGCCCUGAUGUUGAUGUGAAGCUUCCAAAAGCAGAAAUUGAGAUUAAAGCACCAGAUGUGGAUAUCAAGAGUCCAGAGCUUGACAUUGAGGGACCUAAGGGAAAAAUCAAAGGCCCCAAAUUUGCAAUGCCAUCGAUUUCUGGACCAGAUGUUGAUUUCAAUCUUAAAGGGCCCAAACUAAAAGGUGAUGUUGAUGUGAAACUUCCAAAAGCAGAAAUGGCUAUUAAAGGUCCAAAAGUUGAAGGAGAUAUUAAACCACCAAAAGUUGAAAUUGAAGGCCCAGACUUUAAAGGUUCUGAGGGUGGUUUCAAGAUGCCAACUAUCAAAAUGCCUUCAUUUGGACAGAAAGGUCCAAAAGUCGAAGGCCCUGAUGUUGAUGUAAAACUUCCAAAAGCAGAAAUUGAGAUUAAAGCACCAGAUGUGGAUAUCAAGAGUCCAGAGCUUGACAUUGAGGGACCUGAGGGAAAAAUCAAGGGCCCCAAAUUUACAAUGCAAUCGGUUUCUGGACCAAAGAUUUCUAUGCCGGAUGUGGAUUUCAACCUUAAAGGGCCCAAACUAAAAGGUGAUGCUGAUGUCUCACAUGAUGUUGAUAUCCAGUUACCAGAGAUGGACAUAGAGGGCCCUAAUGUUGAUUUAGAUGUUCCUGGAGGUAGUGUGAAAAAAGGCAAGUUCAAAAUGCCAAAGUUUGGAUUUAAAAGUCCAAAGAUUGAAGGUCCUGAUGUGGAAGCCAAGCUUCCCAAAGGAGCAAAAGGCAGCAUUGAAGUUCCAGAUGUUGAUAUCACAACACCUAACAUCAAAGCUAAAGGAUCCAAAUUUAAAAUGGGAUCAAUAUCAAGUCCAAAGAUGUCUUUACCUGAUGUUGACUUAAGCUUGAAAGGAUCCAAAGUAAAAGGUCAAGCUGGAGUAAAUGUUGAGAGUGAUGUCAGUGUGCCGAAAGUGGAAGUUGAUUCUCCAAGUUUUGAUGUUAAAAGUCCAGAGGGAGGUUUUAAGAUGCCAAAAUUUAAGAUGCCAAAAUUUGGAUUUAAAUCACCUAAAGGAGACAUUGACACGAGUCUACCUACCAGUGAUGUUAGUAUUAAAUCACCAGAAAUUGAUAUUAAAUCUCCUGAUCUGAACAUUGAGGGUUCAGGUGGAAAAAUCAAGAGUCCAAAAUUCAAAAUGCCUCACAUAUCUGGACCAAAUAUAUCAAUGCCAGAUGUAGACUUCAAUCUUAAAGGCCCCAAAGUCAAGGGUGAUGUGGAUGUUUCUGUGCCAAAGAUCAAAGGUGACCUAAAGGCUCCGAAAUUAGACAUUGAAGGUCCUGAGAUUGAUGUCAACCUGCCAAAAGCUGAUGUUGACAUUAAAGGACCUGAAAUUGACAUCAAAACUCCAGAUCUUGACAUUGAAGGUCCUGAGGGAAAAAUCAAGGGUCCAAAAUUCAAAAUGCCUCACAUAUCUGGACCAAAUAUCUCAAUGCCAGAUGUAGACUUCAAUCUUAAAGGCCCCAAAGUCAAGGGUGAUGUGGAUGUUUCUGUGCCAAAGAUCAAAGGUGACCUAAAGGCUCCGAAAUUAGACAUUGAAGGUCCUGAUGUUGAUAUUGAGGGUCCCAAGGGUGGUUUCAGCAUGCCUAAAGUCACAAUGCCAUCAUUUGGAUUUAAGGGUCCUAAAGUGGAGGGUCCUGAAAUUGAUGUCAAUCUGCCAAAGGCUGAUGUUGACAUUAAAGGACCUGAAAUUGACAUCAAAACUCCAGAUCUUGACAUUGAAGGUCCUGAGGGAAAAAUCAAGGGUUCAAAAUUCAAAAUGCCUCGCAUAUCUGGACCAAAUAUCUCAAUGCCAGAUGUAGACUUCAAUCUUAAAGGCCCCAAAGUCAAGGGUGAUGUGGAUGUUUCUGUGCCAAAGAUCAAAGGUGACCUAAAGGCUCCGAAAUUAGACAUUGAAGGUCCUGAUGUUGAUAUCGAGGGUCCUGAGGGUGGUUUCAGCAUGCCUAAAUUCAAAAUGCCAUCAUUUGGAUCUAAGGGUCCUAAAGUGGAGGGUCCUGAGAUUGAUGUCAACCUGCCAAAAGCUGAUGUUGACAUUAAAGGACCUGAAAUUGACAUCAAAACUCCAGAUCUUGACAUUCAUGGUCCUGAGGGAAAAAUCAAGGGUCCAAAAUUCAAAAUGCCUCACAUAUCUGGACCAAAUAUCUCAAUGCCAGAUGUAGACUUCAAUCUUAAAGGCCCCAAAGUCAAAGGUGAUGUGGAUGUUUCUGUGCCAAAGAUCAAAGGUGACCUAAAGGCUCCGGAAUUAGACAUUGAAGGUCCUGAUGUUGAUAUCGAGGGUCCCAAGGGUGGUUUCAAAAUGCCUACAUUUAAAAUGCCAUCAUUUGGAUCUAAGGGUCCUAAACUGGAGGGUCCUGAGAUUGAUGUCAAUCUGCCAAAAGCUGAUGUUGACAUUAAAGGACCUGAAAUUGACAUCAAAACUCCAGAUCUUGACAUUCAUGGUCCUGAGGGAAAAAUCAAGGGUCCAAAAUUCAAAAUGCCUCACAUAUCUGGACCAAAUAUCUCAAUGCCAGAUGUAGACUUCAAUCUUAAAGGCCCCAAAGUCAAGGGUGAUGUGGAUGUUUCUGUGCCAAAGAUCAAAGGUGACCUAAAGGCUCCGAAAUUAGAAAUUGAAGGUCCUGAUGUUGAUAUCGAGGGUCCUGAGGGUGGUUUCAGCAUGCCUAAAUUCAAAAUGCCAUCAUUUGGAUCUAAGGGUCCUAAAGUGGAGGGUCCUGAGAUUGAUGUCAACCUGCCAAAAGCUGAUGUUGACAUUAAAGGACCUGAAAUUGACAUCAAAACUCCAGAUCUUGACAUUCAUGGUCCUGAGGGAAAAAUUAAGGGUCCAAAAUUCAAAAUGCCUCACAUAUCUGGACCAAAUAUCUCAAUGCCAGAUGUAGACUUCAAUCUUAAAGGCCCCAAAGUCAAGGGUGAUGUGGAUGUUUCUGUGCCAAAGAUCAAAGGUGACCUAAAGGCUCCGAAAUUAGAAAUUGAAGGUCCUGAUGUUGAUAUCGAGGGUCCUGAGGGUGGUUUCAGCAUGCCUAAAUUCAAAAUGCCAUCAUUUGGAUCUAAGGGUCCUAAAGUGGAGGGUCCUGAGAUUGAUGUCAACCUGCCAAAAGCUGAUGUUGACAUUAAAGGACCUGAAAUUGACAUCAAAACUCCAGAUCUUGACAUUCAUGGUCCUGAGGGAAAAAUUAAGGGUCCAAAAUUCAAAAUGCCUCACAUAUCUGGACCAAAUAUCUCAAUGCCAGAUGUAGACUUCAAUCUUAAAGGCCCCAAAGUUAAAGGUGAUGUGGAUGUUUCUGUGCCAAAGAUCAAAGGUGACCUAAAGGCUCCGAAAUUAGACAUUGAAGGUCCUGAUGUUGAUAUCGAGGGUCCCAAGGGUGGUUUCAAAAUGCCUACAUUUAAAAUGCCAUCAUUUGGAUCUAAGGGUCCUAAACUGGAGGGUCCUGAGAUUGAUGUCAAUCUGCCAAAAGCUGAUGUUGACAUUAAAGGACCUGAAAUUGACAUCAAAACUCCAGAUCUUGACAUUCAUGGUCCUGAGGGAAAAAUUAAGGGUCCAAAAUUCAAAAUGCCUCACAUAUCUGGACCAAAUAUCUCAAUGCCAGAUGUAGACUUCAAUCUUAAAGGCCCCAAAGUCAAAGGUGAUGUGGAUGUUUCUGUGCCAAAGAUCAAAGGUGACCUAAAGGCUCCGAAAUUAGACAUUGAAGGUCCUGAUGUUGAUAUCGAGGGUCCUGAGGGUGGUUUCAGCAUGCCUAAAUUCAAAAUGCCAUCAUUUGGAUCUAAGGGUCCUAAACUGGAGGGUCCUGAGAUUGAUGUCAAUCUGCCAAAAGCUGAUGUUGACAUUAAAGGACCUGAAAUUGACAUCAAAACUCCAGAUCUUGACAUUCAUGGUCCUGAGGGAAAAAUUAAGGGUCCAAAAUUCAAAAUGCCUCACAUAUCUGGACCAAAUAUCUCAAUGCCAGAUGUAGACUUCAAUCUUAAAGGCCCCAAAGUUAAAGGUGAUGUGGAUGUUUCUGUGCCAAAGAUCAAAGGUGACCUAAAGGCUCCGAAAUUAGACAUUGAAGGUCCUGAUGUUGAUAUCGAGGGUCCCAAGGGUGGUUUCAAAAUGCCUACAUUUAAAAUGCCAUCAUUUGGAUCUAAGGGUCCUAAACUGGAGGGUCCUGAGAUUGAUGUCAAUCUGCCAAAAGCUGAUGUUGACAUUAAAGGACCUGAAAUUGACAUCAAAACUCCAGAUCUUGACAUUCAUGGUCCUGAGGGAAAAAUCAAGGGUCCAAAAUUCAAAAUGCCUCACAUAUCUGGACCAAAUAUCUCAAUGCCAGAUGUAGACUUCAAUCUUAAAGGCCCCAAAGUCAAAGGUGAUGUGGAUGUUUCUGUGCCAAAGAUCAAAGGUGACCUAAAGGCUCCGAAAUUAGACAUUGAAGGUCCUGAUGUUGAUAUCGAGGGCCCUGAGGGUGGUUUCAGCAUGCCUAAAUUCAAAAUGCCAUCAUUUGGAUCUAAGGGUCCUAAACUGGAGGGUCCUGAGAUUGAUGUCAACCUGCCAAAAGCUGAUGUUGACAUUAAAGGACCUGAAAUUGACAUCAAAACUCCAGAUCUUGACAUUCAUGGUCCUGAGGGAAAAAUCAAGGGUCCAAAAUUCAAAAUGCCUCACAUAUCUGGACCAAAUAUCUCAAUGCCAGAUGUAGACUUCAAUCUUAAAGGCCCCAAAGUCAAAGGUGAUGUGGAUGUUUCUGUGCCAAAGAUCAAAGGUGACCUAAAGGCUCCGAAAUUAGACAUUGAAGGUCCUGAUGUUGAUAUUGAGGGUCCCAAGGGUGGUUUCAGGAUGCCUAAAGUCACAAUGCCAUCAUUUGGAUUUAAGGGUCCUAAAGUGGAGGGUCCUGAGAUUGAUGUCAACCUGCCAAAAGCUGAUGUUGACAUUAAAGGACCUGAAAUUGACAUCAAAACUCCAGAUCUUGACAUUCAUGGUCCUGAGGGAAAAAUCAAGGGUCCAAAAUUCAAAAUGCCUCACAUAUCUGGACCAAAUAUCUCAAUGCCAGAUGUAGACUUCAAUCUCAAAGGCCCCAAAGUCAAGGGUGAUGUGGAUGUUUCUGUGCCAAAGAUCAAAGGUGACCUAAAGUCUCCGAAAUUAGACAUUGAAGGUCCUGAUGUUGAUAUCGAGGGUCCUGAGGGUGGUUUCAAAAUGCCUAAAUUCAAAAUGCCAUCAUUUGGAUCUAAGGGUCCUAAACUGGAGGGUCCUGAGAUUGAUGUCAAUCUGCCAAAAGCUGAUGUUGACAUUAAAGGACCUGAAAUUGACAUCAAAACUCCAGAUCUUGACAUUCAUGGUCCUGAGGGAAAAAUCAAGGGUCCAAAAUUCAAAAUGCCUCACAUAUCUGGACCAAAUAUCUCAAUGCCAGAUGUAGACUUCAAUCUCAAAGGCCCCAAAGUCAAGGGUGAUGUGGAUGUUUCUGUGCCAAAGAUCAAAGGUGACCUAAAGGCUCCGAAAUUAGACAUUGAAGGUCCUGAUGUUGAUAUCGAGGGUCCUGAGGGUGGUUUCAAAAUGCCUAAAUUCAAAAUGCCAACAUUUGGAUCUAAGGGUCCUAAACUGGAGGGUCCUGAGAUUGAUGUCAAUCUGCCAAAAGCUGAUGUUGACAUUAAAGGACCUGAAAUUGACAUCAAAACUCCAGAUCUUGACAUUCAUGGUCCUGAGGGAAAAAUCAAGGGUCCAAAAUUUAAAAUGCCUCACAUAUCUGGACCAAAUAUCUCAAUGCCAGAUGUAGACUUCAAUCUCAAAGGCCCCAAAGUCAAGGGUGAUGUGGAUGUUUCUGUGCCAAAGAUCAAAGGUGACCUAAAGGCUCCGAAAUUAGACAUUGAAGGUCCUGAUGUUGAUAUUGAGGGUCCCAAGGGUGGUUUCAAAAUGCCUACAUUUAAAAUGCCAUCAUUUGGAUCUAAGGGUCCUAAACUGGAGGGUCCUGAGAUUGAUGUCAAUCUGCCAAAAGCUGAUGUUGACAUUAAAGGACCUGAAAUUGACAUCAAAACUCCAGAUCUAGACAUUCAUGGUCCUGAGGGAAAAAUCAAGGGUCCAAAAUUCAAAAUGCCUCACAUAUCUGGACCAAAUAUCUCAAUGCCAGAUGUAGACUUCAAUCUUAAAGGCCCCAAAGUCAAAGGUGAUGUGGAUGUUUCUGUGCCAAAGAUCAAAGGUGACCUAAAGUCUCCAAAAUUAGACAUUGAAGGUCCUGAUGUUGAUAUCGAGGGUCCUGAGGGUGGUUUCAGCAUGCCUAAAUUCAAAAUGCCAUCAUUUGGAUCUAAGGGUCCUAAAGUGGAGGGUCCUGAGAUUGAUGUCAAUCUGCCAAAAGCUGAUGUUGACAUUAAAGGACCUGAAAUUGACAUCAAAACUCCAGAUCUUGACAUUCAUGGUCCUGAGGGAAAAAUCAAGGGUCCAAAAUUCAAAAUGCCUCACAUAUCUGGACCAAAUAUCUCAAUGCCAGAUGUAGACUUCAAUCUCAAAGGCCCCAAAGUCAAGGGUGAUGUGGAUGUUUCUGUGCCAAAGAUCAAAGGUGACCUAAAGUCUCCGAAAUUAGACAUUGAAGGUCCUGAUGUUGAUAUUGAGGGUCCCAAGGGUGGUUUCAGGAUGCCUAAAGUCACAAUGCCAUCAUUUGGAUUUAAGGGUCCUAAAGUGGAGGGUCCUGAGAUUGAUGUCAACCUGCCAAAAGCUGAUGUUGACAUUAAAGGACCUGAAAUUGACAUCAAAACUCCAGAUCUUGACAUUGAAGGUCCUGAGGGAAAAGUCAAGGGUCCAAAAUUCAAAAUGCCUCACAUAUCUGGACCAAAUAUCUCAAUGCCAGAUGUAGAUUUCAAUCUUAAAGGCCCCAAAGUCAAGGGUGAUGUGGAUGUUUCUGUGCCAAAGAUCAAAGGUGACCUAAAGGCUCCGAAAUUAGACAUUGAAGGUCCUGAUGUUAAUAUCGAGGGUCCCAAGGGUGGUUUCAAAAUGCCUACAUUUAAAAUGCCAUCAUUUGGAUCUAAGGGUCCUAAACUGGAGGGUCCUGAGAUUGAUGUCAAUCUGCCAAAAGCUGAUGUUGACAUUAAAGGACCUGAAAUUGACAUCAAAACUCCAGAUCUUGACAUUCAUGGUCCUGAAGGAAAAAUCAAGGGUCCAAAAUUCAAAAUGCCUCACAUAUCUGGACCAAAUAUCUCAAUGCCAGAUGUAGACUUCAAUCUUAAAGGCCCCAAAGUCAAGGGUGAUGUGGAUGUUUCUGUGCCAAAGAUCAAAGGUGACCUAAAGGCUCCGAAAUUAGACAUUGAAGGUCCUGAUGUUGAUAUCGAGGGUCCCAAGGGUGGAUUCAAAAUGCCUACAUUUAAAAUGCCAUCAUUUGGAUCUAAGGGUCCUAAACUGGAGGGUCCUGAGAUUGAUGUCAAUCUGCCAAAAGCUGAUGUUGACAUUAAAGGACCUGAAAUUGACAUCAAAACUCCAGAUCUUGACAUUCAUGGUCCUGAAGGAAAAAUCAAGGGUCCAAAAUUCAAAAUGCCUCACAUAUCUGGACCAAAUAUCUCAAUGCCAGAUGUAGACUUCAAUCUUAAAGGCCCCAAAGUCAAGGGUGAUGUGGAUGUUUCUGUGCCAAAGAUCAAAGGUGACCUAAAGGCUCCGAAAUUAGACAUUGAAGGUCCUGAUGUUGAUAUCGAGGGUCCUGAGGGUGGUUUCAGCAUGCCUAAAUUCAAAAUGCCAUCAUUUGGAUCGAAGGGUCCUAAAGUGGAGGGUCCUGAGAUUGAUGUCAAUCUGCCAAAAGCUGAUGUUGACAUUAAAGGACCUGAUAUUGACAUCAAAACUCCAGAUCUUGACAUUCAUGGUCCUGAGGGAAAAAUCAAGGGUCCAAAAUUCAAAAUGCCUCACAUAUCUGGACCUAAUAUCUCAAUGCCAGAUGUAGACUUCAAUCUUAAAGGCCCCAAAGUCAAGGGUGAUGUGGAUGUUUCUGUGCCAAAGAUCAAAGGUGACCUAAAGGCUCCGAAAUUAGACAUUGAAGGUCCUGAUGUUGAUAUCGAGGGUCCUGAGGGUGGUUUCAGCAUGCCUAAAUUCAAAAUGCCAUCAUUUGGAUCUAAGGGUCCUAAAGUGGAGGGUCCUGAGAUUGAUGUCAAUCUGCCAAAAGCUGAUGUUGACAUUAAAGGACCUGAAAUUGACAUCAAAACUCCAGAUCUUGACAUUGAAGGUCCUGAGGGAAAAAUCAAGGGUCCAAAAUUCAAAAUGCCUCGCAUAUCUGGACCAAAUAUCUCAAAGCCAGAUGUAGACUUCAAUCUCAAAGGCCCCAAAGUCAAGGGUGAUGUGGAUGUUUCUGUGCCAAAGAUCAAAGGUGACCUAAAGGCUCCAAAAUUAGACAUUGAAGGUCCUGAUGUUGAUAUCAAGGGUCCUAAGGGUGGUUUCAGGAUGCCUAAAUUCAAAAUGCCAUCAUUUGGACAUAAGGGUCCUAAAGUGGAGGGUCCUGAAAUUGAUGUCAACCUUCCAAAAGCUGAUGUUGACAUUAAAGGACCUGAAAUUGACAUUAAAACUCCAGAUCUUGACAUUCAUGGUCCUGAGGGAAAAAUCAAGGGUCCAAAAUUCAAAAUGCCUCACAUAUCUGGACCAAAUAUCUCAAUGCCAGAUGUAGACUUCAAUCUUAAAGGCCCCAAAGUCAAGGGCGAUGUGGAUGUUUCUGUGCCGAAGAUCAAAGGUGACCUAAAGUCUCCAAAAUUAGACAUUGAAGGUCCUGAUGUUGAUAUUGAGGGUCCCAAGGGUGGUUUCAGGAUGCCUAAAGUCACAAUGCCAUCAUUUGGAUUUAAGGGUCCUAAAGUGGAGGGUCCUGAAAUUGAUGUCAACCUUCCAAAAGCUGAUGUUGACAUUAAAGGACCUGAAAUUGACAUCAAAACUCCAGAUCUUGACAUUGAAGGUCCUGAGGGAAAAAUCAAGGGUCCAAAAUUCAAAAUGCCUCAAAUAUCUGGACCAAAUAUCUCAAUGCCAGAUGUAGACUUCAAUCUUAAAGGCCCCAAAGUCAAGGGUGAUGUGGAUGUUUCUGUGCCAAAGAUCAAAGGUGACCUUAAGUCUCCAAAAUUAGACAUUAAAGGUCCUGAUGUUGAUAUCGAGGGUCCUGAGGGUGGUUUCAAAAUGCCUACAUUCAAAAUGCCAUCAUUUGGACAUAAGGGUCCUAAAUUAGAGGGUCCUGAUAUUGAUGUCAAUCUGCCAAAAGCUGAUGUUGACAUUAAAGGACCUGAAAUUGACAUCAAAACUCCAGAUCUUGACAUUCAUGGUCCUGAGGGAAAAAUCAAGGGUCCAAAAUUCAAAAUGCCUCACAUAUCUGGACCAAAUAUCUCAAUGCCAGAUGUAGACUUCAAUCUUAAAGGCCCCAAAGUCAAAGGUGAUGUGGAUGUUUCUGUGCCAAAGAUCAAAGGUGACCUUAAGUCUCCAAAAUUAGACAUUGAAGGUCCUGAUGUUGAUAUUGAGGGUCCCAAGGGUGGUUUCAGGAUGCCUAAAGUCACAAUGCCAUCAUUUGGAUUCAAGGGUCCUAAAUUGGAGGGUCCUGAAAUUGAUGUCAAUCUGCCAAAAGCUGAUGUUGACAUUAAAGGACCUGAAAUUGACAUCAAAACUCCAGAUCUUGACAUUGAAGGUCCUGAGGGAAAAAUCAAAGGUCCAAAAUUCAAAAUGCCUCACAUAUCUGGACCUAAUAUCUCAAUGCCAGAUGUAGACUUCAAUCUUAAAGGCCCCAAAGUCAAGGGUGAUGUGGAUGUUUCUGUGCCAAAGAUCAAAGGUGACCUAAAGGCUCCGAAAUUAGACAUUGAGGGUCCUGAUGUUGAUAUCGAGGGUCCCAAGGGUGGAUUCAAAAUGCCUACAUUUAACAUGCCAUCAUUUGGAUCUAAGGGUCCUAAACUGGAGGGUCCUGAGAUUGAUGUCAAUCUGCCAAAGGCUGAUGUUGACAUUAAAGGACCUGAAAUUGACAUCAAAACUCCAGAUCUUGACAUUGAAGGUCCUGAGGGAAAAAUCAAAGGUCCAAAAUUCAAAAUGCCUCACAUAUCUGGACCUAAUAUCUCAAUGCCAGAUGUAGACUUCAAUCUUAAAGGCCCCAAAGUCAAGGGUGAUGUGGAUGUUUCUGUGCCAAAGAUCAAAGGUGACCUAAAGGCUCCGAAAUUAGACAUUGAAGGUCCUGAUGUUGAUAUCGAGGGUCCCAAGGGUGGAUUCAAAAUGCCUAAAUUCAAAAUGCCAACAUUUGGAUCUAAGGGUCCUAAACUGGAGGGUCCUGAGAUUGAUGUCAAUCUGCCAAAAGCUGAUGUUGACAUUAAAGGACCUGAAAUUGACAUCCAAACGCCAGAUCUUGACAUUGACGGUCCUGAGGGAAAAAUCAAGGGUCCAAAAUUCAAAAUGCCUCAUAUAGCUGGACCAAAUAUCUCAAUGCCAGAUGUAGACUUCAAUCUUAAAGGCCCCAAAGUCAAAGCUGAUGUGGAUGUUUCUGUGCCAAAGAUCAAAGGUGACCUUAAGUCUCCAAAAAUAGACAUUGAAGGUCCUGAUGUUGAUAUUGAGGGUCCCAAGGGUGGUUUCAGGAUGCCUAAAGUCACAAUGCCAUCAUUUGGAUUUAAGGGUCCUAAAGUGGAUGGUCCUGAAAUUGAUGUCAACUUGCCAAAAGCUGAUGUUGACAUUAAAGGACCUGAAAUUGACAUCAAAACUCCAGAUCUUGACAUUCAUGGUCCUGAGGGAAAAAUCAAAGGUCCAAAAUUCAAAAUGCCUCACAUAUCUGGACCUAAUAUCUCAAUGCCAGAUGUAGACUUCAAUCUUAAAGGCCCCAAAGUCAAGGGUGAUGUGGAUGUUUCUGUGCCAAAGAUCAAAGGUGACCUAAAGGCUCCGAAAUUAGACAUUGAGGGUCCUGAUGUUGAUAUCGAGGGUCCCAAGGGUGGAUUCAAAAUGCCUACAUUUAACAUGCCAUCAUUUGGAUCUAAGGGUCCUAAACUGGAGGGUCCUGAGAUUGAUGUCAAUCUGCCAAAGGCUGAUGUUGACAUUAAAGGACCUGAAAUUGACAUCAAAACUCCAGAUCUUGACAUUGAAGGUCCUGAGGGAAAAAUCAAAGGUCCAAAAUUCAAAAUGCCUCACAUAUCUGGACCUAAUAUCUCAAUGCCAGAUGUAGACUUCAAUCUUAAAGGCCCCAAAGUCAAGGGUGAUGUGGAUGUUUCUGUGCCAAAGAUCAAAGGUGACCUAAAGGCUCCGAAAUUAGACAUUGAAGGUCCUGAUGUUGAUAUCGAGGGUCCCAAGGGUGGAUUCAAAAUGCCUACAUUUAAAAUGCCAUCAUUUGGAUCUAAGGGUCCUAAACUGGAGGGUCCUGAGAUUGAUGUCAAUCUGCCAAAGGCUGAUGUUGACAUUAAAGGACCUGAAAUUGACAUCAAAACUCCAGAUCUUGACAUUGAAGGUCCUGAGGGAAAAAUCAAGGGUCCAAAAUUCAAAAUGCCUCACAUAUCUGGACCAAAUAUCUCAAUGCCAGAUGUAGACUUCAAUCUUAAAGGCCCCAAAGUCAAGGGUGAUGUAGAUGUUUCUGUGCCAAAGAUCAAAGGUGACCUAAAGGCUACGAACUUAGACAUUGAAGGUCCUGAUCUUGAUAUCAAGGGACCUGAGGGGGGUUUCAAUAUGCCUAAAGUCAAAAUGCCAAAAUUUGGACUCCAGGGUCCUAAACUGGGGGGUCCUGAAGUUGAUGUCAACUUACCAAAAGCUGAUUUUGAUAUUGCAGGACCUAAAAUAGACAUCAAAACUCCAGAUGUUGAUAUCAAAGGACCUGAAGGAAAAAUAAGUGGACCAGAUGUAAACAUCAAAAUGCCUAAAACAAAGAAAUCCAAAUUUACAUUUGGAGGUAAAAGCCCAAAAUUAGAGGCAGAAAUUCCUGAUGUUGGUGGCAGUGUAGAAGGACCUGAUAUGAACAUAGAUUUUAAAGGAAAGAAGGGUAAAUUUAAAUUGGCGAAAGGAAAGGGAAAGUCAAAACCUUUUGAUGGUGAUAUGAAGACUGAAAAUGUUAAGAUGGAGACACAUGAUCCUGACUUGCAGCUGAAGCCUGCCAAAGUAAAGAAGCCAUUUUUUGGAAAGCUACAUUUUCCUGAUGUGGAAUUUGACAUAAAAUCUCCAAAAGUAAAAGGAGCUGUAAAAUCAUCAGAUAUUGAUUUGCCAUCUGCAAGCCUUAAAACUGAUGUUCAAGGUGUUGAUAUUCAGACCCCAGGUACUAGUUUGGAGAGCCCGGAUAUUAAAGCAAAAGAGAGUAAAAUCAAAAUGCCAAAAUUUAGCACAUCGGGCAAGGGUGUUAGCUUAAAUGCUCCAGGUGUCACUGGAUCUGGCAUUAAUGGAAAGGGCAGUGCUAAAAUUGAUGUUGAAGGAGGAAAUCAGGAUGUUGAGCUCGCAAUGCCGUCUGUUAAAAUCCAUGGUGAUGAUUUAGGUGCUGGUUCAAAUCUCGCUGAACAAAAGGCUGUAAAAGGGAGCAUUGAAAUGUCAGGCUUGGAUGUAAGGGGACAAACAGGAGAAAUAACAGGUGGUAUGGAGUACCAAGAAGGUCAUGUAACCUUUCCUAAAAUCAAAGUACCAAAGUUUGGUAUUGCAUUGCCAAAAGUAGAAGGAAAAGAGAUUGGAGCAGCAGAUGUAGGUUCAGCAGAACUGGCUGCUAGUGGUAAUGUUAUGUCCCAGAAUCUGGAGAUGCAAAGUACAGAUGUGAAAACCAGUGGUGCAAAAGUGAAAGUCAAGAUGCCAAAAAUGUUUGUAAAAUCUAAAUCUAAGGGUGGAAGUGCAAGUGAUCUUGCUUUUCAAGGAGAAGACACUGAUGUUGCUGCUAAAGCUAGUGGAAAGGCAUCUAAGGAAUUGAGUCUUAGUUCUGGGGAAUUGGCAAGUGGGAAGGUAGCAGUAGAAGGAUUAAAGGUUUCACCGAAAAGUAAAUCUGCCUCCCUUGACUUCUUUAAAAAGUCACGACAUCACUCAUCUUCAGUGAGUGAUGAAGGGGGUUUAGCUUCCCCCGUCUCUACCGAAGGGCACUUACAGGCAGAGGGUGGCAACAUUUCAAUCGAUGUUGGAGAAACUAAGGUUAAAGGCAAAAAAGGAAAGAUUAAGUUUGCUACAAUUGGAGGUUUUAGCUCGAAAGGUAAAGGUUCAUAUGAAGUGACACUUGGAGAUGAAACUGAGGCUAGGUCUGAGGAGGCCGGUGGAAUUGCUCAGCCUUCAAAAAAGUCCAGAAUGUCGUCAUCCUCUAGCAUUGAUAGUGGUUCAAAGGGUAGUUUUCGGUUACCAGAACUUGAAUUAGCUGUUUCACCAAAGAAAUAAUUUUCAUACAAUUGUCUAUAUACAGUACAUUCACAUCUUGUCAGUCUAGACAAUUUUAAGCAAUAGUGCACUGCUACACACUUGUUUCUACCGCUCUUCCAAAUGUUCUUUAAAGACAUUCAUGUCUUUUUUCCAAUUUUAACUGUAAAUAAGAGAAAUCUGUAUUGUAAUUAAGAAAAUAAUCCAAUCCAAUGUGUGUAGUUUAAAGAAAACAAAAAGUGUGCAUCUGUUUUGUUCAUUGUUUUUUCAUCUGAAAGCUUAUAUUUUUGUACCUUUUAAGAAAUUUUGGGAAAUGGUUAAGUUUAUUCUUUCUGCUGUCUUUCUAAACAUUUUCUGGACACAUCUACAUUAAACAAAUUGAUUUUUUUUACCCUGAUUUGAAAGAAUUUUAUAACUUUAAAGCAUCAGUUGAAUAAUCAGUGCUGUAUUGUAUUAUUGCAGAUGAAUAACUCAUUUUAACAGUGAUUGAUUUGAUACCAUUUAAUAAGCACAAUGAUGUUUAAGGGCUGUACAAACUGUAAAUAUACUUAGACACAUAUGGAAUCACAUAUGCUUGUUUCCCAAAUAAUGCCACAGUUCAAAUAUUCUAUUCUAAUGGAAUUUACACAGAGCUUAUAAUCGUCUAAAGUAUUUAUAUCUAUACGAAUAUCAUUUUCAGUGACUUAUUGAGAAUCUCUUAAAAAAUGCACAAUCAAAAAGCUGAGAAAAGCGGUCACUUGCUAUGAUUUUAACGGUUUCUAUGGCAUUUUGUUUUCUUUGUUAUGUCUUCCACAUUUUGAGUAGAGUCUCUCUCUUAUUAAAUUUCAUCCUAUGAAAUGUUGUGCUGCCAUGUGGUGAUAAAACUACAAGAAAGCUAAUGCCAAUGGUUUAAAAAUAUAUUUUUAAUAAAAUCUGCAUUGCCAUUGUAAAUAAUGGGACAUUUAGGCUGCAAGUUACUUUUUCUUGUGUCAAUUGCAAAACAUUAAUAAAGUGUUCAAUUAUCAGUA